AUGAAUGAAGAGGUUAGCACAACAACCUAUCAAAGCCUUAGGGCGUAUAUGUCUCUACCAGAAACCCUAAAAGCCUCCACAUCAACCUCCUCUCUCAGCCCCAACCUCACAGACCAAACCUACGCCCUUUUUCUCAGGUCCGGCCACCGCCUGGACCCCUUCCUCGCCUCCUUUGGACCACCCGGACCCAUUUUUGGGCUAUUCGAUUGGUUGAGGCACGUGGGCUUAAGGCCUGAUGGGUUUACAGUGAGUGCUCUGGUGAAAGCGUGUGAUGGGUUGGAGGAGAAUGAGGUUGCCCAUGGGGUUUGUUUGAGAUUGGGGUUUGGUUAUGGGGGUUCUGUGGUUAGUGGGUUGGUGGAGAAUUAUAUGAGGAAUGGGGAUGUUGGGUCGGCAGAGAAUUGCUUUGGGGAUUGUUUGGUUGCGGACAAUGUGGCUUGGACUGCUGCUAUGAUUUCUGGGUAUGUUUGGAGCGGCGAGUUGGAGAAGAGUAAGGAGGUGUUUGGGGAGAUGAGGAGGUUGGGUUUGGAGUUGAAUGAGUUUAGCUUGACUGCUGUGCUGGGUGGAUUGUGUGAUGAGAAGGAAGGGGAACAGAUUCAUGGGGUUGCUGUAAAGAUGGGUUUUUUAUGCGGGUUUUCGGUUCAUUUGAGUAAUGCAAUUUUGAAUAUGUACUCUGGGUGUGGGAGUACGCGGAGUGCGGUUAAGGUGUUUGAUGAAAUUAUUGAACCAGAUGUUGUUUCUUGGACUGAGAGGAUAUGA